GCUGAAACAGUUUGUGCGCGAAUUUGCAAACGAAAUGUCUUCUUGUUGUUGUUGUUCUCGCUCGUGUGACAGUAGCAACAAAAUCGAAUUGUUUGCAAACAAACCAGAAACAACAAUAAAAGAACAACAACUUUUGGCACCUUUAUAUUGUGCCUGAGCGAAUUGUUUUAUGGUUCGUGAAACGCGUUUUAUCUGAAGCCCCAAGACAUAAGCUGCAGGCGUGGCUCAGUUGAUAAUUUGGAAUUGGGAUUAAGGCGAAACGUAAGCAAUCCAAAUCCACCUACAGCUACAGCUACUUAAUAAACGAUAUAGAAAUUCUUGCUGAAAUCUAUGUAACUGUGUUCACAAUUAAUUGCAACAACAAGUGCAAAUUUUACAAGCUGCUUUUAAAAAACAAAAACAAAAACAAAAGAAACUAAAUUAAAUUAAAUAUAAAAUAUUGAAAGAGGAAAGUAAUUCGACUAGAGCCUAAGACAAAAUGGCCAAGCCAACAGCUACACAGAGUGACAGCAACAACUGCAAUAACCAACGCAGCGAUGGCGGCAGCAACAACAUCAGCAGCACAAAUGCGGCUGCCUUUAACAAUAAUAAUAAUAAUAACAAUAAUAAUAUCAAUAAUAGUAGCAGUAAAUUGAAUGGCAGCAUUUGCCAACCAACUCUACCCGCUCCAGCCAACACGCCGCUGAACAAGGCCAUCAAGCACGACCUAUUCCCGGAGGUAACAUUCUGCAAUCUAUCCGUGGAGGAGCUCAACGAUGGCGCCGGCCAUAGUCGCAUGGUGAGGAAUAGCAUCAUUGCUGUGGAUGGCGAUGGCACCUUGACCAGUCUGAUGACCGGCACUCAGGUGAAGAAGCGCAAGCGUCUGAUAUCGAAUGAAUCGGGAGACUCCAUUGACUCGAGCAGCACCGAAAAGAAGACACCCAAAAUGCCAGACGGCGGCUAUGGUUGGGUUGUGGUCUUUGCCUCGCUGAUGAUAUCGCUCAUUUGGGAUGGGUUAUCCUUCUCGUUUGGUCUGAUCCAUACGGAACUGUUGGCCUACUUUGGAGAGUCGCCAACGAAGACGGCUUGGAUCAGUUCCUUGUUCUUCUCGGUGCCGCUGCUCAUGGGACCCAUCUGGUCGAAUCUGGUGGACAAAUAUGGUUGCCGCAAGAUGACCAUUCUUGGUGGAGUUGUCUCCGCUUUGGGCUUUGCCGUCUCCUCCGUCUGCAACUCCAUUGAAAUGCUGAUGAUCACUUUUGGCAUUAUUAGCGGCCUGGGCUUGGGCAUUGGCUAUGUGACGGCGGUGGUAUCGAUUGCCUUUUGGUUCGACAAGAAGCGCAGCUUUGCCACAGGCAUCGGCGCCUCCGGCACGGGCAUUGGCACAUUCAUUUAUGCCCGCCUCACCCAGUACCUUGUGGAUUCGUAUGGCUGGCGCGGAGCGACACUUAUUCUAGGUGGCACCAUGCUCAACGCGUGUGUGUGCGGCGCUCUGAUGCGCGAUCCAGACUGGCUGAUCGAGGAGAAUCGGCUGGAGAGUCGUUCUCAGAGUGUAACCACAUUUUCCAAUUCGAGCGUUUGUCUGGAGGAGAUUAAGAAGCUGCUGGACACUGGCAUCACCAAGGAGGCCGUGCUGGACACGCUGGUCACCAAGAACAACACCGAGGCCAAUCAGCAAAUCGAUGAUCCGCUCGACACAAGCCUCAAGCGAUAUCGCAGCGAACUCUUUUUGCCCACAUUUCUCAGCAUUCAGGAACUGGACAGCAUUUGCGAGGUGAAGAGCUUGAGUCGUCGUUCGCUGCGGCACAAGGAAGGCGCCGAGGCGCCAUCGCGUGAAAAUCUCCUCUCCAUGUCGUCAGGAGCCGCUGCCAAUGGACCCACGGCGAAUAUUCUCGGCUCACCGGACGAUACGCUCAUGGGCGGCAUACCGGCUGAGGUGGCAGAGGCGGCCAAGAAGAGCUAUUUGGCGUCGAUUGAAACGCUGUCGCCAUCGGAGAAACGCUCCACGGUGGCGGGCACACCCAUUGGCUCGCUGCGCUCCUCGGACGAGGGCUAUCUCACCCAGAAGCACAACGAAGCGCAUUAUGCCAGCUCGCGGUACUCCCUAAAUGAAAAUCUCUUCAUGGCCAAACACAAUUCGGCUUCGUUGUCCAAUUUGAAGGUCAAUGAGCAGCGACACAACUCGGUGGAUAUACUAAGCGACGAUAUGCACACCUAUUACAUGUCCAUCAAGGAGGAGACCUUCGCACUGCUCGACCAACAGCCGAGGCAUCGACCGUUCGCCGCUGGUGCCGGUGCGUCCACUGUGAUUGCCAUACCCGAACACGAACAGGAUAACAGCGAGCUGGCCUUGCGCCGUUCACGUCUGGACAGUAUUACGGGCAUACGCCGUCUAUCGCGCUCCAAGAAACCCAAUCCGCAUCGCUCGAAUCUGCGUCGCAACAUCUCCAUUAGGAAUUCCAAUUUCUUGAAGGAUAUGCGCAUACAUCGCAACUCCAUACAUUAUCGCGGCGCCAUGCUCAAUACGCAUCGAUAUCGUCUGCGUGCCUCCUCCUGCCCCAACAUCUAUCGCAACUCAAUGACCACCAUUGCCAAGGAGGAAGAAGAUACCUGGUAUGAGAGUUUUGUGGACACUAUGAAAUCGGUGUUUGAUUUCUCGCUCUUCUUGGAUAAAAAGUUUGCGCUCUUCAAUCUAUCGACAUUGUUUUUGUUCAUCUGGUUUAUCAUACCCUAUCUUUAUCUGCCCGAUUACAUGAAGAAUUACAACUAUGAAGUGAGUGUUAGCGCUGUGCUCAUAUCAGCAAUUGGCAUUGCGCAAACUGUGGGCAUGAUUGGCCUCGGCUACCUGGGCGAUCUGCCCUGGAUGAACAUCAAUGUGUGCUAUUCAAUAUGCAUGUUGGUUUGUGGUGCUUCGGUAUUUUUUAUGCCCAUGCUUAUCACCAGCUACAAUGGACUGAUGACUAUGUGUGUAAUAUUUGGAUUCACUUUUGCCAGUUCGUUUUCGUUUACGCCCAGCAUCUUGGUCAGUCUGGUUGAUUUGGAUGAUUUCACUUGUGCCUACGGUUUGGUGCUGUUGGUCCAGGGCGUUGGCAUGAUUGCCGGCCCGCCCAUAGCAGGUGCCAUUUAUGAGUAUACGGGCAGAUGGGACGACUCCUUCUACUAUGCGGGCAUAUUUAUAGCACUCUCCGGCGUCUGUUCGUAUAUGAUUGAGUUCUGUCAGGAGAAAACAACUAAGGAGAGUGAUAGUGAUGUCUCAGAGACUAAAAAAGCUCAACUUUUACAUUAGAUUACUUAUAUGAACACUCACACAUACACACACAAUGUCAGUAGGAUAAAAAGAAAUAUAUAUAUAUAAUUCAAGGUACUAAAAUUGACAAACUUCAGUGCAAUUAAGCAGCACUGCGGCCUAAAAAACACAAGAGAAAACAAAAAUUAAUGGACUAGCAUUAAAUGUUAUCAAGUUUCUUAUGUCAAAUGCUGUUGCAGCUAAAAAACAAAACAAAACUCAGAGCGAAUUAGUAGAUAAAUAAUUAAUUGUAUUGAAGCAAA